AGCCAUUUGGAAGUUUUAAAACAUGAAAAUAUGAAAAAAUAGUAAAAAUUUCAAAAUAGGUAUUCAAAUACUAAACACUCAAAGACAAAGAAGAAGAACAGUUAUAUUAUAAAAAAUACACUUCUAGAUUUCAUAGUUAUUAACAUUCAAUGUUACUUUAGGCACUUAUCAGUAUCUACCUACCUAGAGUACGGACUUGCCUACUUGCCAGGUAGGUAGGUAUGUAUACGAUCGGUCAUCCUCAGCAUAGACGACUUCGAAUUCGGUUGAGCUAGGUAGGAUAGGAUAUAAUAACUGAGUAUGUCCAAGCACUAUGGCGUCGUUCAAGACACCUCACAACCUCUCCGCAAGAUUCGACUUCGAAAUUCCUCCUCUACCUCCACCUCCACUUCCAUUUCAUCUACCACCACUGCCACUACCAACACCACCACCAGCAGUUCAUCCUCUUCUUCUUCUCUAGUCUCUUCUGUGCUAGAAAUCCAAAGACAUGCCAACACUAGGGAGAAUUGGCUCAAAUCCCUCGCCUGUCUCUACCUAGCCGACGACAACGAAGAGCCCAGCGGUAAACGAAGGCGUGUCACCAAUGGCAGCAUAGAGACGGGCGAGACCGAACUACUACGGAGAAGAUUCCUCUACCCCGUCGAGGACGAAGAGGACGGAAGGGACUACAUCGCCGUAUCGUAUACAUGGCAGACAUCCGAAGAUGAAGGAGACAUUGAGGAGGAGGCCGUGGGAAGAUACCUUGUCGAGUCUCGUAGGGCGGGCGAGCCCGCACUCGCCAGCGAGGUGAGGAACACGGUCUGGGACCGUGUACUCAACUACGCCGACCAUGUCGACUGCGAGAACAUCUGGAUCGACCGAGAGUGCAUUGACCAGGAAGAUGAGGCCGAGCAGGAGGCCGCCAUCCAAAGCAUGCACUUGGUGUACAGUCUGAGCCGGAGGCCAAUUGCUCUUCUUACCCGACCAAUCGAGACGAUCGAAGAGCUUGAUCUCCUGACCGACCUCAUGUGCGGCGAAGUCAGCCCAGACAAAGAAGCCGCCGUGCUAAACCUCUUGAAUGGCAUCACUUCCAACCUGUGGUGGAAGCGGGCAUGGACUUUCCAGGAAGAAUACAGGGCCUCCACCCGCAUGACCCUGCUCAUACCCCAUCACUGGAGUCUAGAAGGCCGCAAGCAAGCAGCAAGAGACUACAUGGACCGUCCCAUUUUGGGCACCAUCGAGGGCGAAAUAUGCAUAAAAUCCGUGGAUUUCCGAAGACAGGCCACCAAGUUCUGUCUCGCGUAUCGAGAGAAGUCAGAGAAGAAGGACAUCUGCGACAAGAUACUGAAGACGGCAGCACGGUAUAACGUGCUCCUCAAAGAAGAGUCGUAUCCGUUGUUGUCCGGCACCGGUGGCCCCUCUUCCGUGUCUCGCUCCAUGUCCCCCACUAUCCUCUCUGACAUCAACAAGCGCGGCAUCACGCUGGAAUCCGAUCGUCUCGCCAUCGCAGCCAACUGUUCCGGCUACAGCACACGCCUGGAUACGAACUCCCUCAACCACGACGGCAGCAGCCUCAGCCUGUCCAUCCUGACCUUAUACCUCCUCAACGGCGAGAUCAUCGAGAACGACCCAAAACGGUCCAACCACCACCGCGGCGGCACCCUCGACGACACCAUCUUCGACUUCCUCUCCAAACAAAGCCUGCGCACCUUCCGCCCCCCGCUCGACGAAGGCGGCCUAACCUUCAUCAAGAACUGCCGCUUCAUCCAACCCCAGCUAACGCCUUCCGGCACCCUGACGCGCGGCUUCCUCUGGAAGCUGGGCAAGAUAAUCCGCCACCGGCCGAUGAAGUACGACAAGUACAGUACCAUCUCGCCCCUCAGCACCUUCGCCACGAACCUCAGCUACGGCAAGUACGGCGGCGUCAGCUACAAGGACCUCGCCGUCCGCAUCCUCCCCUACGGCCCCGUAAAGAAAUACCGAGCCCGUCGCUGGGGCCUCAUGGGCUGCAUGGCCGACGAGAUCGAGAACGCGCUGCUCGAGGGGAAGCCGCUUCGUCUGGCCUCCCUCGUGCACCCCAAGUAUGGGGCCGAGGGGAGCCCGUACCGCGCUGUGUUUGUGGGCGGUGGUGAUACGGAAGCCGAAAAGGACGAUAACGACUGGAACGAGGACGUAGAAAGCUACGCUUUCACGGCUGCCCACUUCGGUAGAAGCUCUCUUGGCGAUGUCACACGCCACGUCUCCCUCGAGGUUAGGGCUGAGUGGCCUAAAUGCGAUACACCAGCUACGGCGGCUUCGGUGGCCAUGGCGCCCAGGCUCUAUAUCAAGCGCUGGCUUAACGGGCUGUGCUUUUAUGAUGGGGUGCCGGCAAGGCAGGUCUUGUUUCCGUGGCCGGCUGCUAUGCUGGAGGAACGAGAACAAGAGCAAGAACAAGAACGAGAACAAGCAAGAGAGGAAAAUGAAGAGGGGAAAGGAGAAGAAGUGAAGCAGGUAGCUACCUAGGUAGGGUAUUCGCUUCUCAACAACACAACAACGCUUAUACGAAUUUGAAACGUGGAACGAGAGACGUCCGACAACAGGUAGCAUUUCUCCAGGGGAUGAAUGAAGGGGCGAUAUUUUCCUUUUUUUUUUAAAAAAAAAAGAAAAAAAGAAAAGAUUCUAAAAAAACAAACGAUCUACAUGAAAGUAUGCAUGGCAUCAUCGGAACAAACAGGGGAAGAAGGGGGAAAUGGGGGGGGGGGGAGAGGGGAUGAGUGUUCAUUGUGCUCGCCCUAGCCUACCUUAUUAGGUAAUUGGGUAUCGACGAUGAACGUGUAAAUAGUUACGGAUGGGAAUGGGAUGGGAAUGGGAAUGGAAAUGGAAAUGGAAUAUAAAGACUUAAAGUAAAUAACGACUACAUACAUACAUACCUAAUAUACCUGAAUAGGCACUUACUUACCUGCCUCCUUACCUACAUUUGCUGUAGAGUAGGUAGUUUAUAUACUUCAAGAUUGCGUAAAAUUGAGAGCUGUGAAUUGAAAAGGAAGAUCAAAAGAUCAGACCUUGACUAGGUAGGUGCCUAGGUAGGUACCUAGGUAGAAAUGCUCUUAAAUACAAGACCACGGUGCGUCGCGCUUUCCUCUCUGGUGUGCCUGCCACCAUCAUCUGGGAGGUGACCAAAUGUAAGAGUUGACUAGG